AUGACAUUGGUUAUCAGAGAGAGGAGGCACAAGCAAGCUUUAAGGCUUUCCUUACCAAAACCUACAAUUCCAUCGUCAUCAUCAUCAUCAUCAUCAUCUGAUAUCACACACAAAGCCCACAUGCCAGCAUUGUUGCCAUCUCCAUCUUCCCAUGUAGACACUUCUCCAGGCAUCAUCAAGAACCUUUUAGACCUUGAGAAGCUAGUGGUACUUGGCCAUGGCAACGGUGGCACAGUCUAUAAAGUUUAUCACAAGAAGAACAAGUCCUUUUACGCGUUGAAAGUUCUACACUUUAAUCAGAAUGCCAUUGGCAUACGUCAACCCGCUACACUAGAGGCUGAGAUUCUCAAACGUGUAGAUUCCCCAUAUAUAGUAAGGUGCCAUGCAGUUUUUGACAAUGGUACAUGCGGUGAAACUGAUAAUGGAGGUGGCCUUAGCUUUGUUAUGGAAUACAUGAAAGGAGGGUCCUUGCAUGAUGUGUUGAGGGAACACCGUAGGUUGCCAGAAGACGUGAUAUCUGUGUUGGCUAAACGUGUGUUGGAAGGACUCAACUAUUUGCAUGGCAUGCAUAUUGUGCAUAGAGAUAUUAAACCCUCAAACUUGCUUGUGAAUGACAAGGGGGAGGUGAAGAUUGCAGAUUUUGGAGUGAGUCACGUGGUGGAAGGAAGGUUUGACAGAAAUGACUCAAAUGCGGGCACGUGUGCCUACAUGAGCCCUGAAAGGGUUGAUCCAGAGAGAUGGGGUGGUGAAAAUGCUGAUGAGUUUGCAGGUGAUGUGUGGUCAAUGGGAGUGGUGAUGUUGGAAUGUCUUUUGGGUUAUUUUCCUUUGAUCGGUCCUGGGCAAAGACCAGAUUGGGCAACUUUGAUGUGUGCAAUUUGCUUUGGUGAAAAGCUGGACAUGCCAAAGAAAGCAUCACUCGAGUUCCAAAAUUUUGUAGAGAGGUGUCUUGAGAAGGAUUGGAGAAAGAGAGCAACAGUGUUAGAGCUUCUUCACCACCCUUUUGUGAGAAGAAACUGUUGCUGUUCCAGUAAAGGGCUUGGCGAUUAUGUUCUUUGGCGUGAAGUUCAUUAG